CUGAUACGUACGAUUGGUUAUGUUUAUUAUUAGUUAUAUAUUGCAACUGAUUUGUACUCUUAGAAUCUCAAAGUAACUAUAAUGAAUGUAUUAGAAGAAAAGAGUUAUCUUUCAGUGGAUAAUGAUUGGACUUUACCUAUGACCAAGGAUUUUAUUAAGGCAUUAAUGACAGCUACAUUAUGUAACGACAUACAGGAGUUGAAAAAUCAUACAAUAAUUGAUUGUGUGUGGAGAAAAGUAGGAGAAGAUCUCAAAAUUGAUCCCAGUUCAUUGAAAAAUUUUUGGUAUUACAGAUUACACAUGCAGUUAUUUUGUACCGAACCAAUUUAUUUUAAUGAUAUAAAAAUAAAAUUAAUCGAAUAUUUAUAUGAAAAAGGAAUAUCAAAUAAGAAGGACAUUAAGUGGCAAAAUGUGCUUCUGUAUUUUGAGGGUUACACUCAAUUGUUUUUAUACAGGAUAUUCACUUAUUUAAUUAGGACAACAAAGGAAUCAACGGAUUUUACUAAUUUAGCAGCCAUCAUAAAUCACCUGUACGUCCAUCAAAUUCCAAAUAUAAUUCAAAAUGUAAACGAUAAAAUACUACCCAGGUUAAUAUAUGAAGAUGGAAAUAUUAAACAUCUUGAUAUUGAUGUAAAAGAGUGGAUGUCAUUGCAAAAUAGGAGAAGUGAACAUUCAGAUUUAUCUUCAUCAGAAGAAUGA